AUGGGAGGGAGUGCGCUAUCUUCUGGUACAGAUCUGUCAGCGGAUGCUUCAGAAUCUUGUCUGGAUCAGCAAAGUCCAAUUCCAUCGUCUGAGAGACUUGAAAGUCUACAGGAUGCUGUGCGGAGCAUUAUAGUGGGGAUUGGAGAGGACGUCACUCGUGAAGGUCUUAGGGACACUCCAAAGCGGGUGGCGAAGGCCUGGCUAGAUGCAUCAUGGGGCUACAGACAGACGGCACGAAGUGUGGUCGGUGGCGCUCUAUUUCACGAGCCAGAAGUGGCCACAGCAUCCAGCGGGCUUGUAAUUGUGCGCGACGUAGACUUCGCGUCCACCUCUGAGAGCAGCCUCCUUCCCUUCUAUGGAAGAUGUCAUAUAGGCUACAUGCCCAGCCAGGGCAUCGUACUGGGCCUCAGCAAGGUGGCACGGCUCGUGACAAUGUUUGCCAGGCGACUGCAGACGCAAGAACGCUUCACACAAGAACUGCUGGCGGCGUUCGAGGCAGAAAUAUUCUUAUAUUCUCUGUUGUCGCUUGCUUCAGGUGCUGCCGGUACACUGGUGGUUUGUGAGGCUUCCCACAUGUGCAUGGUUGCUCGUGGAGUUGAGAAGCAUGCCAGCAGCACCAUCACAAUGGCCGCCCGCGGAGCCUGCUGCCAGGAUAUUGCCAUGCGCACUCGAUUGUUGGAGCGCCUGACCCAAUAG